AUGCCUUUAUUAUUUAUCAUUUUUAUGUUAGUGAUAUUGAAAUCUUUUGGAUGUCGUCCGUUGUGCUUGAUGCGCUGUUUUAGUGAAGCAAUUGAAGUUAGUAAAAUUAAACGAAAACAUAGUCGAAAUGUCAAUUAUUACGUGCCUUUACUUUCAGAAGUGAGGCGAGAGUCUAUUAAAAAAAUUGUUUCUUUACAAAUGUCUGGUCGAUAUUUGAGUUGUACCACUAUACUCAGAGAUGGUAACAUUCUUAAAGAUUGGAAAAUGCUUUACAUGCCGGAAGAGAUGAACAAAUUUAAUUUAGAUGAUGUCUAUAACUCUGUUGCGGCACUCAUGAAAGAUUUACCUGAAAGUGAUAUUUACCUAAUUGAGAACUAUGUGAAGAUGCCAAACAAUGUGAAUGUUGCUGGUGCCAAUUUAUUUUACGUUAAACUACAAACACUUGCUAUGCUAAUUGCUCUUAUAAACAGCGGCCAAGCUGUAUAUACCUCAGAUAAUACUCAAGAAUCUAUGAACAAAGUGGUACUAAUGAAAGCGCGUUUGCACGCCAGACUAUUUCGAAUUAUUGUUGGUACAGAAAUCAUUUCAUCGCAAGAUAUAACUGAAAUGAUGCUAAAAGGCAUCUUCCCUGAAUAUAUUACACCUGUUGUACCAGCAAUUGAUGCUAUUUUAACUUAUAGAUCAGUUAAAGAACCAAUUAUAAGAGAACUUAUGUCCAAUGGCCUAAUGUUAGCUAUGUCUUUCAUUGAUCUGGUACUGAAUUCAAAUCCAAAAAGUAUGCAAGCACUUAAUGAAAGUUCUAAGAGGAAAUUAAAAACCACAAAAAAGUUAUAA